GUCUAAAUAUCCGAUCCAAACGUUUCUACUUUUGGAAAGAAAUUAAUCACGCCGAAAGGAUGUUAAAAACCGCAAAAGCGACAACCGAUGGAGUCUUAAACACGAUUAAUAUGAUUAACAUAACGAAUAACAAUCUAGAAAAUAAGUUUAGUUAUCGACAAAUAAAACAAGCCAAAGAACUUCAUAAUUUGAAGGCCGAAAGGAUGUUAAAAACCGCAAAAGCGACAACCGAUGGAGUCUUAAACACGAUUAAUAUGAUUAACAUAACGAAUAACAAUCUAGAAAAUAAGUUUAGUUAUCGACAAAUAAAACAAGCCAAAGAACUUCAUAAUUUGAAGGCCAAAGGGAUGUUAAAAACCGCAAGAGCGACAACUGAUAGAGUCUUGAACACGAUUAAUGUAAUUAACACAACAAAUGUAAUACACAAAUAUAAUCUUAAAUCUUUGUUUCUGGCUAAGAAAGCAAUUAAUCAAAACAGAGUACAUAACUAG